AUGCUGGUGGAGAGCUGGAAGCAUUUAGUGCCCUCAGGUGGGCUAUAGGUGGCAGCAGCAGCAGCAGCAGCAGCAGCAGCAGCAGUAACAGAAGCAGCAACAGAAGCAGCAGCAGCAGCAGCAGGAGGAGGAGGAGGAGGAGGAGGUGAUCAAGCUUGGCUCUCCGAGCUGAAAGGGCAGCAGAGGAGGCAGGUUUGCACUGUCAGGUCCUGCAGCUGACCACAGUACGGAAUGCAGAUGGCUGUAGCAGCGCUGGUCACCUUGAGCAGAAUCCUUAUGGUUGCUAGCUUCCUUCUUGUGUCGGAAGCCAGAACAUCAGCAGAUGCUAUUAGAAGUGUCCAAGUUUUUGGACUGAAUGAGACACAAGUGAUGCAAAGUGUGACCUUCUCUCUGCAUGUCACUGGGAGUUUUCCACUGACUUUAUGCUGGCUCAUCAAGCCAGACUGUAUCCAACUAGAAGGGAAUGAAUGCCACCUGGUGGUGGUAAAUGGCACCUCCUACAACUUGAACCACACCUUCAAGGAUCCAGGAGAAUACUGUUUCAGUCUUCGAGUCCAGAAUGGCAUCAACCAUCUGCAUCACUAUCACCUUAUUAAAGUGCGGGCUACUGGGAUCCACCCAGCAAUCUUUGUUUUGCCCUGUGUCUUACUCAUCUCAGGAAUGUUGAAUUUCAUCAUAUAUGUGACCUACCGGAAUAGCACUCAGCAGAAGGACUUGGUAGAGGUGGCCGAUUUCGACUUCUCCCCUAUGUCUGACAAGAGCCCAUCUGGUCCAAAGCCUGAAAGAUGCUGUAUGAGCAUGUGCUUCCUUUGCCCAUCUUCACGUCAUCAGAAGACCAUCAGUGAGUCUUACUGGCUGCUGCAUCCUUUCUAUAAACCAGUCAAAAGCUAUUCAGUGUGAACAAUAAACCUAGCUGGAACAUUUAAGUUUUAAGCGUCUGCCGACUUCAAGCCUUGGAUAGAGUUCAGAGCGUCUGCUGGUUUAUUUUUGCAGAGCAAUCUGAAAUCAAAAAACUUGAUGCAGUCCAGUAACCUAGAACUAUCCUUUAUUGUCCUAUGCCAUAGGAACUGAAAAUAUGUCUGAUUGCCUUGAAUUUUUGAUAUUCUCUCAGAUGGGUGUGCCACAGUUUCAAGAUGUGCUGGACCUUUUGUCUCUGGGGCUCUCUAGGUGCAUGUUUACCUAUCUAAUUUGUUUGGAAUUUAUUCACCAGGGACUGACUUAUUACUGACUGUUAAAAAAAAAAAAAAGC